CGCACUUCAAUUCACCCCCUUUACCCGCCAAUCAGACGCGUUCAAUCCGACUAAACACCACUUAAUAAACAAAACAAUCCCACUACCCUCUCUACCAACAUCGACAACUUGAACUCCUGCACAACCUUUGUACUGCUUUCUUCUGCGCAGAACCUUCAGAAAAUACUGUAUCAACACAUACCUCUUCACCUGCACCCUUUCUCCCGCCGUUCUCAUUCCUCGUCCACAGCAACUAGACAAUAGAGACCCCCUGUCUUCCCCCUAGCCCUCCAGGGGCCUCGACGCCGAAAGUGACCAUUGUAGCACACUUCUAUGCAACGAUAGCAACCAUUACACCGAAAUGGAGAAUUACCAAAAGAUAGAAAAGAUUGGUGAAGGAACCUACGGUGUUGUAUACAAAGCCCGGGAUCUUUCCAAUGGCGGACGUAUUGUUGCGCUCAAGAAGAUCCGGCUGGAGGCAGAAGAUGAGGGUGUUCCUAGCACAGCCAUCCGCGAGAUCUCUCUACUGAAAGAAAUGAGCGAUCCCAACAUCGUACGUCUCUUCAACAUUGUUCACGCCGAUGGUCACAAGCUGUACCUUGUCUUUGAAUUUCUGGAUCUUGAUCUCAAGAAAUACAUGGAGGCCUUGCCCGUGUCAGACGGCGGGCGUGGUAAAGCACUCCCAGAGGGAUCGACCAUGGAUAUGCAGAGACUAGGCUUGGGCAAGGACAUGGUCAAGAAGUUCAUGGCGCAACUCGUUGAAGGUGUCCGAUACUGCCACAGUCACCGCAUCCUGCACCGAGAUCUCAAGCCCCAGAACCUUCUCAUCGACAAGGAAGGCAACCUAAAGCUAGCUGAUUUCGGUCUUGCCCGUGCUUUCGGUGUUCCUCUGAGGACCUACACCCAUGAAGUUGUCACUUUGUGGUACCGUGCACCCGAAAUCUUGCUAGGCGGUCGACAGUAUUCUACUGGAGUGGAUAUGUGGUCUGUUGGAGCCAUCUUCGCCGAAAUGUGUACUCGAAAGCCCCUUUUCCCUGGUGAUUCUGAAAUCGACGAAAUCUUCAAGAUCUUCAAGUUGCUCGGCACCCCUGAUGAGACAACUUGGCCAGGCGUGACUUCGUUUCCCGACUUCAAGACCUCGUUCCCUAAAUGGCGACGCGAAGCUACCAGCAAGAUAGUCCCCAAUCUUGAACCAGCUGGGCUCGAAUUACUGGAUGCCAUGCUCGAGUACGAUCCCGCACACCGCAUCUCAGCCAAAGGAGCCUGCAAUCACCCAUACUUCGCCGCUGGUUCUGCAGCGUAUUCGGCACGUACAAAUGGCGCGCCACGGACGAAUGGUUACCAUUGAGAUGCUAGACUGCUAAAAGCACACCCAACGGGAUCUGCGGCACGAACGGCGUUGGACUUGACUUGCGUUGAAAUGGAAUG